AUGGCCAUCUUCAGAAGCUACCACCGCAAAGGCAAGCAGUUGCUGCUCGCAUUGCCAGUGGUGUAUUUAUUAGUUGUGGCGGGUAUCCGGCUGACAAGCAGCAAUGACACACAGGAAGAUCUGCCGAGACAGAUCGCAAUCGACACGUACAAAGGCCAGACGAGUUUCGAGCAGGGAGACGACGUUUUGAUGCUAGGAAGCGCGUUGAAAGCAGUCGGGGGAGCCCAGGACAACGAGCUGUCGUUCCGGUGGUUCGACCACUACGACCCGCGGCUGAAGUUCGGGGACCAGGUGGCAGAUGUGGACGAUAACAACGAGUUCGUGGACAAAAACAGCAUUGCGUCGCACUUCAUGAUCCAGUCGCCCAUAUUGAAGCGGUCGAUGUUCCAGGUGAAGUUCAACGAGGAGAUCCCGAUCAAGGCACUCGACGCGGUGACAUACUCACCGGGUGAGGCGCGUUUUAUCGACACGCUCAUCCGGAAAGGCUACGGAUACACGUUUUUCCUGGAUUCGCAACCUGUGCACUUCACAAUCUCGACGGACGACCUCGAGAAGUACCAGGACACGCGUUUCCUCUUCUCGGACAACGUGCCGCUCGGAUUCGUCGACCGGUACAACCGGGCGGUGCUCUUCAACGCGUACCGGUUCGACAUCUUCUACCGGCGGAUGCCCGACAACCGUUUCAAGAUUGUCAUGGCAACCGUGCACCCGUUGAGCAUGACCGAGGCCCACCAGCGGGACGAGGGCUUCGACAUCCGCGACUUUGUGUUUUUGUCCGAGAACCAGCCCACAUCUGUGCAGUGGAUGUACUCUGUGCGGUUCCACGCGGACGAGGAUGCAAAAGUCGCCCAGUUCUCGCCGCGGAUGGCCUUGGAGAUGCCCCAGCUCGCCUACUACUACCGCCGCUACCUGCUCACAUGCCUGCUGGUGCUUUUGGCCGCCCCGGUGCUCGUCUACGUGCAGGUUGCCCGAUUUUCGGCCAUGCGGCGGCCUGAACCGGCCAAUACCACGUUUUUCGCCCGCUGCCUCGCCUGGUUUCCCACCGCGGCCUCCGUGUGCUUCUUCGCCGGUUGCACCGCGGUCUUGUGGCUUGUUUCGCUCGCCACACUCCGCAGCAACUCCAUCGCCUUCCCGGUGGUGUCUGCCGCACUUGCUGCCCCGCUCAUGGGGCUCGUGUGCCUUUUUCUCCGGGCUAAUUUCGCCCGACGGCUUGCUCUCCGCCUGCCCUUUACCCCCAGCACCCAGAUGGUUGCACUUUCUGCCGCAUUUGGCCUUUCUGUGGGCCUCGGAUUCUUCGUUCUCGAGCUCAUCACCCAGGACGUCCGCUUUUCGCAGCUCCUGUUUUUCCUCGUCGGGCUCUGCAUGCUUGUCGUGUCCCCGGGUGCACUGUUGGGCAAGGUUCUGUACCUGAGGUGCGUGGGUGGAGGUAGAAUGGACGAAAAGAAGCAUGAGGAGGAUUUGUUUGGUGCUGAUAUUUCGACAUCCAACACAGCCUCUAUUACCAUUGCAUCACCAUCAUCUCCUUCAUCUCCUUUAUCUUCAUCUUCAUCCCCAUCUCCUUCAUCUUCAUCUCCAUCUCCCCCCUCUUCCCUCCUCAGAAAAUCACCCGGUGCCCCCCUCCCCCGCAUCCGCGCAUUCCUUGCCGUUUUGUGCCAGCACGCUCUCUGCCUCGCCCCCCUAUGGUACCCGGCCAGCGAGCUCUUCUUUGGUGCUGCAUACUCCACCCAGUACAGCUUGCACCGAUUUGCACUUCACGCACUCUUCGCACUGUUCUGCUUUGCCGUGCCUUACUACUUUUCCUCCAGAACGCUUCUCUCCCGGAUCCCGGCCCCCUCAUUCCUCAUCUACGCCGUCAUUUCUCUCGCCUUGUGUGACUUGGCCUUCUGGUCUCGUUUCUUUAAAGGCUUUGGUGUCUUCCAUACCAAGGGAGGCUUGCUUUUCGUCCAGAAGGCAUCCCAGCAGUUGUAUCAGUGGUUCGACAAGUACGAUUCGGCCUACUUUGUGUUCUUGCUGUCCACCUUUGCUGCUGCCAGUUACAUUGCCAUUUUUGCCGUCUUGGCCGUCUGCUUCUGUUUCUAG